CGCGCUCCUCGCAAGCGUCACGACACACGCAGCUCCGCUCCGCUCCGUUCCGCCCGGCAAAGCUCCCUCCCAUGGCCGUCGUGGCCGUCUCCACCGCCGCCGCGGACCCGUCCUUACGGGAGGUGCCCGAAGACGUGGUGGACGAGAUCCUGCUCCGCCUCCCUUGCCCGUCCUCGCUCGCGCGCGCCGCCGCGGCCAGCGCCUCCUUCCGCGCCCUCGUUUCCUCCCCGCGCUUCCUCCGCCGCCACCGCGCGCUCCACCCGGACGCCGCCUCGGGCCCCUUCCUCGGGGUCUUCUGCUCCGUCUCCGCUUCCACCCUUCCCGGAGGCGCCUUCCACCCCGCCGAAUCGCCCCACCCUGCCGCGGCCGCCGCCCGCGCCGUCGCUGCCGCCGCCGACUUCUCCUUCUCCUUCCUCCCAGACGCCCCCGACGGGUGGAUCGUCCGGGACUACCGCGACGGGCGCUUCCUCCUCGACCGCCCCUCGGAAAGCACUAGCAGCAAGGUCUUCACGGAUCUCGCCGUCUGCGACCCCGUGUCCCGCCGCUACGUCCUGCUCCCGCCCAUCCCGGAAGAGCUUGCAACCACCGUCGACAACCCUCUCGGCGUCCUCGGCGGCCAACGCCGCUGCGAGCCCUUCCUCGCGCCCGAUUCCUCUUCCUCCUCCUCCGAGGAGCCGGAGCCCUCCUUCGUGGUGAUAUGGACGGGGCGGUGCCCGAGGAAAGUGGUGGCGUUCGCGUUCUCGUCACGCGACGGGGAGUGGCGCGUGGUGCCUUCGCCGGAGUGCUUCGUGUGGAGGAGCCGGCGGUCGCCGUUCGCGUGCCCCGUGCACGCCGUCUGGAACCGGCGCCACUACGCGCACGGCCGCUUCUACUGGGUGGACUGCCUCGCCAACCGCUGGCUCGUGCUGGACACGACCACCAUGGAGCUCCAGGUCGAGGAGGUCCCUUCCCCGGCCAGGUACUGGGAGGAGAACGUCGCCGUGGUGGAAGGCGCCGAGGGGGCCGUCGGCGUCUUCGCGCACGACUUCUACCAUGCCGACGGCAAGGCCAGCCUCAACUACUACACGAUCCUGCGUGACGACGCUGACGGUGGAAGCGGUGCGGCAUCGUGGCGGCUGGACAAGACGAUCCCGCUGCCGUGGCCGAGCACCCAUGGCCGGCCAUAUUGCAUCCGCAAUGCUGGCAACGGGUGCUUGAUCAUCGAGGUCACCCAGGACUCACCGCGGCCCUUCUUCUCCGGCCAAUGUAGCCGGGACGUCGAGCUGUUUAAGAUCGACGUCGAGCGUUUCCGGCUGGAGAGGGUCUGCAAGGCACGGUGCGCCGGCGGUGCCGGUGACGGCUACUGGCCGUACUUCGGCUUCCCGCCAUUGCUGGCCUUGCCAACUGUUUGAGUUUCAUCACCAAGUAGCUCAGCAAAUCUAUUCAAAAUGUUUACCUGUUUAUCUGGAACAUAAGUCCUUUAAGCCUGCUGAAAGUAGUAUCGUGCUGUGGUGUGGCGUGUACAUGUAACUGGAAGCAACAGUUUGUAUUGCUCAUCGAAUCACAACAUUCAGAAAUGCAAUGCAGGAUUGGGAUA